AUGUAUAAGAAUCAGAAUAUGAUGUUUUUGGGGGGUUUCCAACCUCCCAAAAAACAUGUUGAACCUGAGAAGCCAAAAGAAAUUAUUGACCCCGAAGAAGUUAUAAAAAAUUUGCCGAUGUCUGAGUAUAGAAAACAAAUGACAGAGCACACUGAAUGUCUUGAGCGUUCUGCAAUGUUAAAGAUCAUCCAAAGUGAAGUCAGUGAAUUCUGUUCACUCUCGACAUUAUGUCCUCCCCUUGCUUUAACCUUACUAUCCCAAAGGGGUCUGAACCAACAUAAGCUUCUAGACCAAUUUUAUGCAGAUGAUAAUUUUUUAAAGCACAACGGCUUUUCUGAACACUUCACCGAUUACCUUUGUCCUGAAGAAAAAGUGUUUCCCUCAGACUACAUUUCUCUCAGAAACACAAGAAUUGACAAUGUUGUUAUCAACGAGGAACAAGUUUGCGAUGUGAUGGGAAAAGGGUAUAACCGAUGUCUCGCCGUUCUUGCGUUGAUAUACUGUCAAAACAACUUCGCGGAAGCAAUCGACUAUUUACAACAAGGAUCACUUUUCAAAAAAGUGCCGAAAAAGUUGCAACAGUAUCGAGGUAAAAUAUUACCACCAUACGACACUCUACAGAAAUGCGAAGUGUUCUCUGUGAGCCCCGAGUUUUACUUUGAUGUAUCUUUACACUAUCGUAGUGAGAAAAAUGUCAUUGACGCUAUCACCAACAACAACGUGGCCAAUAACUUUGUCAAAUGGUUCGACAUGCUGAAACAACGACUUGAAAGGAACAAAAUAGAAAGGGAAAAAUUACUUGAAGGGAAGAGUGUGACGUGUGAUGUUUGUUACGAAGACUAUUUACCAGAAGAAAUGGUGCGCAACCGAUGUGGAGAUUCUUUUUGUCGUAAGUGUGUAACGGAUUAUGUCAGAAACGCGAUGAAAGAGUCUGGGAAGACGAUUGGCGUCUUGAAAUGUAUGCGUUCUGGGUGUCCGUCGUGUUUGUGUUUAGAUGUUAUCCGCAGUGUAUUGGAUGAUUUUGCGUAUUAUCGGUGUUGUGAAUUAAUUAUCUCCAACUUCAUCCAAACUGAUAGUGAGUGUCUUUGUAAAUAUUGUUGUAACGAGAAAUGCACUAAAGUGCUUCAUUACAAAGGAAAAUACACGCAGUUGAGCAAAGGAGUGACCGGGUUGUGUAAUUGUCAAACUUCCGUAUGUCUCCGGUGUGGUGAAGAAAAUCAUCGACCAGCCAGUUGUGAGAUGAACAAAAAGUGGCAAGAGCUCAUGAAAAAGGAUGGACUUAAUAUGAAAUGGAUUAAAGAGAACUCAAGAAAGUGUCCAAAAUGUGAGACGUUUAUAGAAAAGAAUGGAGGGUGUCAAUGGAUGUCAUGUUAUAAGUGUCAAUCGUUCUUUUGUUGGGUGUGUAUGCAAAUUACUAAUGACCAUCAACAUAAACCAGGACAGGAGUGUAAACCAUACAAAGCAAAAGAGAUUGAGGGGUCUUACGUUGAUGAACCAACAUUAAAUUUACUGACUCACUACGAUUUGCAGAAUGUCGGUGUAAAACAGGCUCUUGAACGUAACCAGGCGAUACUGAAAAUAUUAAAAGAAAAGAAGUUGAUUCUAUCGACACUUGUUCCUUUGUACGAAGCAUCACUGGUCGAAAUUGAUGCACACGUUGUGCUCCAGAAUUUAUUGAUUUAUGAAUAUGGAACCCCCCAAAAAAAGGAACUCAUCGAUUUCCAACUCAAAGCAUUUCAACUCCCAGCUGAGUUGCUCACAAAAGAAAUACAAAAGAUUUUAAAAAUGGAAGUCAUCACGGUAGAAACGAUGAGCGACUUAACAUCGAUGGUCGGAAAAACAAAGAAAAUUUUUGAGAACAUUGUGAAUUCGUUUGAAGAAGAAGAGGAAUAUGAUGAAAAUGAUUGA